ACUGUAACCACAACGUUCGGCAGUAACUCCGAGUUGUGGCGACUCUGGUAAACUCUGCUUUGUUUUUUGACAAAUGCUGAUUCUAUAAAAGCGGAUUUCGUUGUAGCUCGUUGUUGUCUUUCUUAUUCACGAAUAUUUUGUUGGCUGCAGCCCCUUGAUUAAUAGCUCGAAGAUGAUGGAAGUCGACACUCACUCGCCAUCCACAAGGAUGACACGCUCCUUCAACUAUUCACUGAAGAGGUCCCGCUCUCCUGGCUCCCCAAGCCAAGAACGCCAGCCAAAACGUUCAUCACUUGCUUUACAGGAUACGUAUCUGAGUCGACGAGCAUCUUCCAGUGUAUUUUCUACCAACCAAAACUCGAGCAAUCAUCAUCAACCAAGCCCAGAUGAUUGGGUGAGGCAAGCUAGCGACCUCUCUAUCGGACGCCCGAAUAGUGUCGAUCCUGUUCCUUUGCCAAGUGUGACUGGUGAUGUACAGGAUGAGAACAUGGCACUCGACCCAGAUGAACAUCUAAAGUCUUGCUCCUCGGUGCUUGUCUUUUCGCCACCACGGCUACUACAGCCAUCACGGGCACACCCUACAAACACGCAAUUAAACGCAUCACAAGCGUACAUUGGUCCUCCUCAGCGCCCAUCUCAAAUCGUCGUCGGACUGGCAGAUGGGCAGCCAUUAACACCAAGCUUAAUCAUGACACAUCAGCAACAGCCUUCUUCGGUAUACGUGCAACCUGGUAUAUCGUCGGACGGAUCAUCAAACCAGCAGGAAUUACAGUCGGUCCCAACUCAAAGCCAUGACUUUUUCCAGACUACAUCAUCUGAAAUACCAAUUCCACCGCCACUUCCGAUCAGCCAAUCUCCAGGACCUAAGUCAACCUCAGGGAGAAAGCAGCGCUUUACGAUGGGGCCACGUGCAGACUGCCUGAAAUGCAGAACGGGCGAAAAGGGGCACUGGAUGCAUUUCGACUAGACAUUGGAGUAGCAACCUUACUUAAUCUUAGAACUAUAAUACUUUACAGGUGAUAGCUAACUUGUGCAGCCUACAUCACAUUCAUGUUGUCUUGGUCUUCAGGAUCCUGGACGAGGGCCCAAAAUCAUAGUGUUUUGCUUUGUUUACCGAAGCCGUUGGAUUUAAACAUGUCAUAACAACC